AUGUCAACAUUAAACACUGAUAUGGGCGCGAAACAGCAAAUUAAAGUCGUCUUGACAAGCGAAAAUGACGUUUCUGAUACGGAGUCCUACCGCACCGGACGCUAUGACUCAACGAAAUGUGAAAAAAUCAUGCGAAGUCUCCAACUUGGUGGAGCUGUUAAUUCAAGGCGUUCCAAUGCAGAUUUGGAUCCAGUGCCACCUUCGAGGCGAACUUGGGGAACGCAUAAUUUUGCAAUGUACUGGAUAUCUGACGAUUUUUCCCUUUCGAUGUUUGAAUCUGCAUCUUCAUUGAUGGAGGUAGGUUUAUCGUGGAAGAUGGCUAUCGCAUGUGUUACAAUUGCACAGUUUAUAACAUCUCUACCUAUCGUUGCUAACGGGUUGGUUGGAUCGAAAUAUAGAAUUGGGUUUGCUAUACAGUCUAGGGCCGUAUUCGGAUGGCAUUUGAGUAAAUUGAUUAUUGUCAUGAGAAUGAUCGUCUCGAUUUUUUGGUACGCGAUUCAAGCUUAUAAUGGUGCAAGUUGCAUAUAUGCGAUGACGGUUGCGAUUUGGCCCAGCUUCAGAACUAUGAGAAACCAAUUACCUGAAAGUUCCGAUACGAGCACACAAAUGAUGAUCUGCUUUUUCAUUUACUUUGUUGUGGUCAUUCCUUUUUUCUUUGUACCAAUGCAUAAAUUAAAGCACUUUUUUACGUUAAAGACAAUCGUCACGCCCAUUGUGGCUUUCGGUAUUAUGGGCUGGUGCAUUCAAGCUGUUAAAAAUCAAGGUAUGUAUGAUGCACUUUGGAUCGACGAUACAGCCACUGCAUCGGGAUCCAACAGAUCGUGGUUGUUUCUCUCAGGGCUUUAUUCAAACAUCGGCACUUGGGCAACUAUGGGUGUAAACAGUCCCGACUUCACAAGAUAUGCCAAGCGAAAUUCCUCUCAAUACAUAACAGUUUUUGUCAUGCCUUGUAUGGCAUGUUUAAUGACUUUCCUUGGAGUUGUUACAGCGAGAGCAAGCAGGGUUUUGUAUGGGACUAUGAUGUGGUCUCCAAUGCUUCUAGUCAACCAGUGGACUUCUUCUGGUGGAAGGGCAGCAGCAUUCUUCUGUGCUGUUGCUUGGCUGAUAGCUCAAAUAGGGGUCAACAUCGCAGGUAAUUCUGUUGCAGCAGCUAAUGAUAUGAAUUCAUUGUGGCCUAAGUAUAUCAAUAUAAGACGAGGUCAAAUCAUUACCGCUGUCAUUGGAUCUUAUGCUUUGGUGCCAUGGAAAAUUAUGGAAAGUGGCCAGUCAUUCCUGUCUUUCAUGUCGGGUUACACAAUUUGGCUGGGGCCUAUUACCGGAAUCUUGAUAUGCGACUUCUUCUUUAUCCACAAGUGCAAAUACAAUGUUUGGGAAAUGUACAAACCCAAAGGCAUUUACAGAUAUGGUAAACUCGGCAUUAAUUGGUGUGCUUUUGUGGCCUUUACCAUUGGCUGGGUUCCUCUAUUACCUGGUCUGCUACCUAGUGUUUCCAGCAGCUACAGUAUGCCCGAAGGAGUAAACCACCUUUACGCUCUCGGUUAUUUUUACGGAGUACUUGCCCCAGGUGUUGUCUACGUCACGUUAUGGAAACUAUUCCCCAAUAGAGCCGCACUGAGUCAGGUUCCGGUCUAUUGUGAUGACACCGAGUAUAAAGAUUAUCCAGAAGAUUAUGAACCGUAUUAA